UCCUGCUGCCCGAGCUUCUUCCUCCCACCCGUCGCCGCGGACCGCGAAACUCCAGUUCCACCCCCUGGGGCCUGACUCUAGUCUAGACCCGACGGCUUGCUUUUACCACAUCAGGCAACUUGCUUCCCCCCCGACCAUUCUCGCCAUCCCCCCAGCUCCCCGUUCUUGCUUUUCGCACCUACCCAGCCACCCACCCCUGUCCCGUCUCCUUCCUGGCAACCUGUGACAGGAGACGCUUCCCCCACCCCAGCCUCCCCGUCCCCCUUCGCCUCCGAGGGACCCCAAGUGCGCACCCCACCUCCCUCAAACGGCUCCGCUGUCCCAAUCCUCCCUCCCUCCGCCGCCGCGGGAGGGUGGGGUGGGGGCUAGAGAAAGAAGCGAGCCUAGGGAAACCGAGUGAGGAGGAAAGGUCCGGGCGGGCGGGCGUCCCUCCAUCGCGCGCCCGGCCAUGUCGAGCGAGGAGAGCUACCUGGCCAUCCUGCGCUACCUGACCAACGAGCGCGAGCCUUACGCGCCGGGCACCGAGGGCAACGCCAAGCGCAAGAUCCGCAAGGCGGCCGCCUGCUACGUGGUGCGCGGCGGGACCCUCUACUACCAGCGCCGGCAGCGGGACCAGCAGCGCUUCGCCGAGCUCGAGGUGGUGCUGCAGGCCGAGCGCCGCGCCCGGCUCAUCCGAGCGGCGCACCUGGAGCCCGACGGCGCCCACCGGACGCGCCUGCAGACCUGGCAGCGCCUGUCCAAGCGCUACUGGUGGCGAGGUAUUCUGAAGCAAGUUAAAGAUUAUAUUAAGGAAUGUAGCAAAUGCCAGGAAAAAUUGGAUCGUUCCAGAUCUUUGUCUGAUCCUUCUGAAAUGCUGGAAGAACUAGGUUUAGACACAAUAUCUCACGAAGACAGUAAUGAAACAGAUGACGAAUUAAGUAACUCGGCGUCGCUUCCAGCAGCUUUGCCAAAACCUGUGAAAAAGAAGCCAAUAGCCAAACAUGAGCUUGUUUUUGUUGAUAGUAAAGGUCUUGUGAAACAAACUUCUCCAAAGCAUUCUCUGUCAGUCUUAAACCAACUGAAUCAGCAGCGGCUUUCCAAUCAGUUUUGUGAUGUUACUUUGCUUAUUGAAGGUGAAGUGUACAAAGCACACAAAUCUAUAUUGGCAGCCAACAGUGAGUACUUCAGAGAACUUUUCAUCGAAAAAGGAGCUGUUUCCAGUCAUGAAGCUGUGGUGGAUCUUUCAGGCUUUCGCAAGGCCAGCUUCCUCCCUUUGCUAGAAUUUGCUUAUACCUCAGAGCUGACGUUUGAUUUCUGCAAUAUGGCAGCUGUAGCUGAGCUGGCCCAACAUCUCCUCAUGACAGAAGUCCUGGAAAUCUGCGAAAAUGUGCACAAGCAAAUGGAAGAUAAACAAAUCACAGUGUACCAAAAAGGAGAUGUUCAGAUAGUCGAGGUAGCUCAAACUCUUUUAGAGCAGAACGAAAGUGAGGUAGCUCAAACUCUUUUAGAGCAGAACGAAAGUGAGGUAGCUCAGAAUCUUUCAGAGCAGAACGAAAUCCCAUUGAACCCAGCGGACAGCGUGGAGCAGCCUUUACCUACAGAAGAUGCUGUAGCAACUGUGAACGGAACAUGUUUGAGUACUGAGGUGGAAGAAAUGGCUACGCCUGAGGCUGCACCGCAAACUGCUUCAGAGCAUCUCGUGGACAAUCCUCCAGAGCCUCUAGUGCAAUCUACUUGUGUAGAAAUGACCGAAACUGAAGAAAAAACCCAAACCGUAGAAUGUACCACAAAUCAGACUGUUUCUGUAGUGCAGUCAGAGCCUCCAGCAGCAGAACAAGUUAUUAUCAGCACUCAGGCAGAAAGUGAUACUGAUCAGAACGAUGGAAGUGAACAAAACGUGAUUAGUGAAACAAAUGCAGAUGCUGCCUCUGAAGAUAAUCGGGAAGGACUUAAGCGAAAACGUGGCAGGCCAUGUAAAAUGCAGAGCACUCCUCAGUCUCAGUCAGAAACCUCAGUUUCUGGUCAAGAUGACACCUACAAAAGCAAGCUACGUCAGCGUUCUGUGAGUGAGGGUGGCUAUAUCAAGUUGCACAAGGGCAUUGAGAAAAAACUACAAAAUAGAAAACCGGCAGCCAAAUCAGCCAUUCAGCAGGUUGCCAUGAAGCUAGUGCAAAGAGGCAAGAAGAUGAAGCAGCCCAAGAGAGACACGACAGAGCACAGUGAGACAGAAACGCAGCACAAAUGUGGUGAAUGUGGAAUGGUUUUUCAGAGGCGUUAUGCUCUUAUAAUGCACACACUGAAGCAUGAAAGGACAAAGAAUUUUAAAUGUCCACUGUGCAAAAAAGAGUUUCAGUAUGGUGCCUCGCUGCGAGCUCACCUUGUUCGCCAUACCCGAAAAAAUGAAGUGACUGUUGCAACUGCCAGUAUAGAGGAGAGUGGUGCAGCUAUGAAGGGCAGAACUAAGCGGGAGUUUAUCUGUGAUAUAUGUGGAAGAAGUUUGCCUAAACUCUACUCUCUGAGAAUCCAUAUGUUGAAACAUACAGGUGUAAAGCCACAUGCAUGUAAGAUUUGUGGAAAGUCGUUUACUUACAAACACGGUUUAAAGAUGCACCUUGCGCUCCAUGAGGCACAGAAGCAGUUUAAAUGUGACUUGUGUGAUAAGUCUUUUGUCACAAAAAGAAGUCUUCAGGAGCAUAUAAGCAUUCACACAGGAGAAUCAAAAUACUUUUGUUCACACUGUGGAAAGUCUUUCCAUAGAGCUUCAGGACUUAGCAAGCAUAUAAAGAAACACCAGCCAAAACCUGAAAUUCGUGGAUAUCAGUGUACUCAAUGUGAGAAAAGUUUCUAUGAACCCCGAGAUCUCCGACAGCACAUGAACAAGCAUCUUGGGGUGAAACCAUUCCAGUGCCAAUCUUGUGGAAAGUGCUAUAGUUGGAAAAAAGAUUGGUAUUCCCAUGUGAAGUCCCAUUCUGUUACUGAGCCUUACAGGUGCAAUGUGUGUGGCAAAGAAUUCUAUGAGAAAGCUUUGUACAGAAGGCAUGUCAAGAAAGCAACUCAUGGGAAAAAAGGAAGAGCAAAGCAAAAUUUGGAACGUAUUUGUGAGCACUGUGGGAGAAAAUUCACCCAGCUUCGGGAGUACAGAAGACACAUGAACAACCAUGAGGGUGUUAAACCCUUUGAAUGUCUAACCUGUGGAGUGGCUUGGGCUGAUGCACGUUCUUUAAAGCGCCACGUACGGUCACACACUGGAGAGAGGCCUUACGUUUGUCCAGUAUGCAAUGAAGCCUACAUAGAUGCCCGUACCUUAAGAAAGCACAUGACCAAGUUCCACCGGGAUUAUGUACCUUGUAAAAUUAUGCUGGAAAAGGACACACUUCAGUUUCAUAAUCAGGGAACCCAAGUAGAACAUGCCAUCAGCAUUCUAGCAUCUGAUGUGCCGGAACAAGAAACAGAGGUUUGCAGUGAAGAGAUUGAAACAGUAGUAGUGACUGAAGAAACACUGGAAACACCUGCAACUGCUGAAGACUGUACAACAGUUUCCACACUUUCUGACCAAAGUAUCAUGCAGGUCGUCAAUUAUGUGUUGGCACAACAAGGACAAAAAAUGACUGAGGUCACAGAAGCCAUUCAAACUGUAGAAGUGGAGGUAGAACAUGUUUCUGAUCCAGACUGAAUACAAAAGUUCACAAAUAAGGAAGGUGACCUGGGGGAAGCGGCAUGCAAUUAUCAAAGUAUUAACCGUCAUACUGGUUGGAUUUUUACCGUAAUAGCUCCAGAACACUGCUCAGAGUUUCUUAUUGCCUCUGUAAUAAGACGCAAAAUCAAAGACUUUCCGUAUAAGCCAUGGACAUGUACUAAGACUACUGAUCAGUUGUAAUCACUUAGUAAAAUCUCAAAAAUAAAGUCAUUGGUGUGGUAGUGGUAGGUAUGUUGUAGUUUCUGUUUUCCCCUGUGCAGUUUGCUUUUACACUGCUGUUUUGGCUUUGUUGGGCAGUUUGGUAUGCUACAGAGUUGUGCCAGUCACUUAAAAACUCAACUAUGUUUGGAGUUCACUGAAAAGCAGGAUAGGAGUUUGAUCUGCAAGUUUACCUAUGAACCUGUUAUCGAUAUAGAUGAAUACUCUGAUCAUGGAUCUGAUCAUGAGAGGGAUUGAGGCGGUGAGUUGUACUCCAGUGUGUAUGUUGGGGCAAAUCUCUGCUGCAUUGUACAUUCCUGCACUUUUUCAGUUUUGUCUCUUGCAUAACCUGUAAAAGUACUUUUAAGAUUGCAUGUCCUACAACUAGAAAACAUAAUUGUAUACUUUAUAUAUAUACGCUGGUGCAAUUAUGCUUCAUUAAGAGCACUGUAAACAAAGAAAAACUAAGGAAUGUGCUGUGUAUAUGAAAGCCGAGAGUUCAUACAUUUUUAUUUUGUUAUACAUUUAAACUUCCAUGAAACCUAACUUUUGUAUAUGCAGUUUUGAGAGGUAAGGAAUUAAAACCUAGCUGCCAAGAUUAAUAAUUUUAAAAAGAAAAACUUGACCCAUUAGAGUAAGAUGCAAAAGAGCACCAUAGGGUUCCAAUUGAGUUGUUUAUCAAACCAUAACAGGUGAAAUCUAUAUCCAUAGCAGUAAUAUUGAGCUAUUGUUGGUAAACUCUAAUCAAGCCAAUUACUAUGUAUUAUAGAUGCUUGCAGUUUGUAUUUUUAAAGAAAUCAAUUUCUGAAUCAAUUAGGAGCUAAGCUGUUACCUGUUCUCUGUAAAAACAGACCAACAGAACCAAUGCCUUAUAUGAAGAAUAGCAUGUCCUCCCAUAAUGGGGAUAUUGAGUCUGUUUUCUCUGGAUUGUAAGUGGUGAUUGUCUCUUGUAAAGUACCAGUAACAGUUUACUGAAGCAGAAAGCAAAAUUGUUUAGUGUCUGUAAAUUAUGUAUACCUUGAUUAGCCAUAUAUUCAAGAAAACUAUUCACAAUGACUAUAGAACUCAGUAUGCUUGUUAAAGAACAAAAUGUAACAAUGUGAAAGAUGAGGGCAAGGGAGCAGACUUGGCUACAGGUUCUAGUUCUCCCCCCUCCCCUAUUUAAAAAUACAGUAAAGCCAGAGAUUGAAUGGGUAUAAGCACAACCAUGUGGAUCCAAAAUGGCAAAGUCUGUGUCAGUGGCAACAUGGCUUCAUCUCAAAAGUUGUUUAGAAUAUUAAUUAUAGUGUCAGUGGUGAUGUCUGCUUCUAAACCAGACAUCCCCAAACUGCAGCCCUCCAGAUGUUUUGGCCUACAACUCCCAUGAUCCCUAGCUAACAGGACCAGUGGUCGGGGAAGAUGGGAAUUGUAGUCCAAAACAUCUGGAGGGCCGAAGUUUGGGGAUGCCUGUUCUAAACAUUCUAAAAAGUUUACUGUGCACAUAACAAGUUCAGGCUUUCACCUAUCUUAAAAGAAUCAUGAAAUUCCAGCUGAAAUUCUCAUACCUGGCAACAGUAGUUAACUUACAGGGGUCCAAACUUUCAUCUGUCUCACUUUGUUUUCAUUAAACAAAGGGUAGCCCGUUAAAGAAUACUGUUGUGUUAUGUUGCUGGUUGGUGUGAGAAAAGAUGUGAAGUUGUUUGUUGUUCAAUCGUGAUGUAUUUGAAACAUUGCUUCCUCCAGUGACGGCAAGAAGCCCUGCUGUAGCAGAAAUUUAAAUUCUCAGGAUUCUUAUCAAUCUACAGUACUGUAUAGGCAUUUUAGUCUUGACCUUAAAUCUAAACACAAAUUUUAAUACAGUGGUACCUCGACUUACGAACGACUCGACAACCGAAUUUUUCGACUUACGAAUGGGGCAAAUGGCCGCACCUUACGAAUUUCUCAACAUCCGAACGGAAACCGCAGCGGUUUUAGAUAGGGUUUUUUCGACUUACGAAUUUUUAGUUGGGGUUGCUUCGACUUACGAAUUUUUCCGUUUCCAAUGCAUUCCUAUGGGAAAUCACGUUUCCAAUGGCGCUUUUCGACUUACGAAUUUUUCGACCUACGAAGGUGCCUUCAGAACGGAUUAAAUUCGUAAGUCGAGGCACCACUGUACUAGAAACAAAGCAGAGCUUGUUUAAAACUGGAAAAGUAUCCCUGUACUGUUAUAUUAGUAUGCAUGUACAUGGUGCCAUACAAAGAAUGUAUCUACAGCAAGGGACUUACAAGCUAGAAAAAGACAGAAGAGCUACUGGGAUGUAAUUUCUCUGUUCAAAGGAUAGGAGAGACUGUUCUUUCACAGAGUGGUUACAUUGUAGAUAAUACACUGGAAGGGGUAGGACCUCUGGUGGGAGCGCAUUAUGCUCUUUCUGGAGUAAUUUGUCCACCUUUAGGGGAAACUGAUUCUAAACCUCUGCUGCCUUGUAGGAUAUCUGUGGGAAAAGAAAAGGCUAAGGAGUAAUCCCUCAGAAUGGAGUCCCUAAGAUGGUUGGAUGGCACCCUGUAUGCCUCCUUCCAGCAACUCCUGCAGCCAAGCUCUGCUUUCCUUUGAACCACAUCAGCAAGGGGUCUUGUAAGGUCGAGGCGGCUCAGAAUUUCCAUAUGUACUGCCCAGACUUGAGCCCCAAGGUCACUUCAAUGCUGCUAAAGCAGCGAUUUGACUUCACCCCUGGAGGUACAUUCCAUUGUCUCUUGAGACAGAUGCCAACAACGCGGAUUGGGGGGGGGGGUGAAUGGAAGGUUAAACAGGAUAGAAUAUGCAACUACGCAGGUACCCUUCAGAUUUUUGGACUACAGCUCCCAUAAUCUCUAAGCAUCGGCCAUGAUGAGAGCUGCAGUCCUGAACAUCUGAAGAGUUGGGGAAGGUUGCAGUAUAGUAUUGGAGGCUAAGGUGUUGUCAAAACCAUCCUUUACCCUGGUGCUGCAGAAGAUGACAUCACCAUUGCUCCAAUAGUCCCAAAGCUGUACUCCAGACAUCCCCAAACUUUGGCACUCCAGAUGUUUUGGACUACAAUUCCCCUCUUCCCCGGUCCUGUUAGCUAGGGAUCAUGGGAGUUGUAGGCCGAAACAUCUGGAAGGCCGCAGUUUGGGGAUGCCUGCUGUACUCCCUUAACUAUACCACUAACAAUGGCAAGAGGUAACACUAGCAGUUGGUGUCAUGCCUGACAGCCAUCUUCCACUGGACAAACCCAGGUUCAUCAUAGGCUUUGACAGCUACUGAAGUUAAUAGGGAGUUUCAACUAGACCCAGACAGUCUUUCUCUGCUGGGUUAAAAGCCUCAUCCCAGACACCAAUACUGGCACCCAGUGGUAGUGGUGGGGCAAGAACAGGGGUUCCCAAACUAAGGCCCGGGGGCCAGAUGCGGCCCAAUCGCCUUCUAAAUCCGGCCCGCAGACGGUCUAGGAAUCAGCAUGUUUUUACAUGAGUAGAAUGUGUCCUUUUAUUUAAAAUGCAUCUCUGGGUUAUUUGUGGGGCAUAGGAAUUCGUUCAUAUAUUUUUUCAAAAUAUAGUCCGGCCCCCCACAAGGUCUGAGGGAUAGUGGACCGGCCCCCUGCUGAAAAAGUUUGCUGACCCCUGGGCAAGAAGCUAGGUUCUGUUACCCAUAGUCCUAGCAGCUCUGGGAAAUAUCAUAAUGCCUUACAAUCCACUCUAAGCAAAACUCGUCACCCAUGGAAUACCCAAUUACAAGACAUUAUUCCCUUGCAAGAAGCAGUAAUGACUAAUAUCCUUCCCCGCACCCCAAAUUUCUUAGUGCCUUUUUUACAUUAUCUUUUCAAAAUGGUUUACUGAACCGUCUUAUGUUUUUCUGUAAUUCAUUAAAAUAGUUUACAGUACAGUACUGCUAUUCUAACAAAAGGCUUCAAACCAGCUUACAGUAGCACAUAUAUAUACAAAUGACAAUAAGACCAAAACUUAAACAGAUUCCCUGAUACAAUUUAAAUUUUCAUUCUUCCCCAAACCACAAUGUGGGUCCUCUAAAAAGGAGUUCCACGAUAGUAAAGAUGCACUGGUAUGUGUUAGAAGUCAGCGCCUGCUCUUAUUUCUUGCAGUUGAUUUGAUUCAUUUUGACAGCUUCUGAGAUGUGUUUAAGACCUUUUUUAAGGACUCAAUAGUGCUGCCACAAAAUAGUGUGCUUUUGAGUUUCCCAGAACUCUUGCAAGCCAGGUAUUAAGCAAAGGUAGCAAAAUUAUGAUAGUUCAACACAGAAUCCCUCAUUUUUGUGUGUUCUAGGAACGAGAUGGUUGGACAGUGUUCUCGAAGCUACGAACACGAGUUUGACCAAACUGCGGGAGGCAGUGGAAGACAGGAGUGCCUGGCGUGCUAUGGUCCAUGGGGUCACGAAGAGUCGGACACGACUAAACGACUAAACAACAACAAGGGAACAUAAGCUUGCUCCCAAUUUUGAAAUACUACCUGUAAUGAUUAAAUAGUGUAAU